UCUCUCAUGUGCAGAUGACGGAUGGCUUGCAUAUGCGCUCAUUGGUUAGAUUGACUGUGCUCGUGCAAGUUUCAGGAAAAAAAUCAAGUGCCCUUUUUAGAAGGGUGUGUUCGUAUGAAAGUCAGGAACCAAUGCAAUAACAGAUUGCAUAUCAGUACUGUUGCAGGUGUAGGCACUGUGACAAAUAUCAGCUCAAACGUGGAGCUGGGCUACUAAGUCAGGUAUUUUUCAGAAAAGUUCCCGAAAGUUGCCGUAGUUGCUUUCGCUGUACCACACACCACAUACCUGACAUGAAUUUGCUACAGUUGAAAGAGCUUUCGCAGUCUGAUCUGUAUCGAAGACGGCAAGAGCGUCAUGACAGCUUUGGAACUGCUGGCUUAGAGACAAGAAAGUUAAGCAACAUGGCAAAUGCUCUGGCUAAUGCCAUGUGUGAGCGAUGCAAAAGUGGCUUUGCACCAGCGGAAAGAAUUGUGAACAGCAAUGGAGAAUUGUACCAUGAACAAUGUUUUGUAUGUGCUCAGUGCUUCCAACAGUUCCCAGAAGGGCUGUUCUAUGAGUUUGAAGGACGCAAAUACUGUGAACAUGAUUUUCAGAUGCUUUUUGCACCCUGUUGUCAUCAGUGUGGUGAGUUCAUCAUUGGCCGAGUGAUUAAAGCCAUGAACAAUAGUUGGCAUCCGGAAUGUUUUCGCUGUGACCUCUGCCAACAAAUUCUUGCAGAUAUUGGAUUUGUAAAGAAUGCAGGCAGACAUCUUUGCCGUCCAUGCCAUAAUCGUGAAAAGGCUAGAGGUCUGGGGAAAUAUAUCUGUCAGAAGUGUCAUGCUAUUAUCGAUGAACAACCACUUAUAUUCAAGAAUGACCCUUAUCACCCCGAUCAUUUCAACUGUGCAAACUGCGGAAAAGAGUUAACUGCCGAAGCCCGAGAGCUGAAAGGAGAACUGUAUUGCUUGCCUUGCCAUGAUAAAAUGGGCGUUCCCAUUUGUGGUGCUUGCCGACGGCCAAUUGAAGGGCGCGUAGUCAAUGCCAUGGGCAAGCAGUGGCAUGUGGAGCAUUUUGUAUGCGCCAAGUGUGAGAAACCAUUUUUGGGUCACCGUCACUAUGAAAGGAAGGGAUUGGCUUAUUGUGAGACACACUAUAAUCAGCUUUUUGGUGAUGUAUGCUACCACUGUAAUCGUGUGAUUGAAGGUGAUGUUGUAUCUGCUUUGAAUAAAGCUUGGUGUGUUAACUGUUUUGCCUGUUCAACCUGCAACACCAAGCUGACACUCAAAGACAAAUUUGUUGAAAUUGAUCUGAAACCAGUCUGUAAACACUGUUACGAACAAUUGCCUGAAGAGUUAAAACGCCGACUUGCUAAACGGGAAAGGGAUGCAAAAGAAAAACAGAAAAAGAAAAAAAUGAUGGAUAUCUGCCUGUAAGGAAUGUCUGUCUCUUUUCUUCUGUCUUUGAAACAAGUUUGUGGAGUUUGAUAUGAAGCCUGUUUGUAAGAAAUGUUAUGAAAAAUUUCCUCUGGAGCUGAAGAAAAGACUGAAGAAGCUGGCUGAAAGUGCUGGACGGAAAUAAGGAAGCAAAAGAUUAACAGUUAAUUUUCAUUAUUUUCAAAUUCAAAUUUUAUUUUUAAAAACAGUAAAACUCAGAUAAUCCACUUAUGGAUUACUCCAAAAUCUUGAUGGUUCAGUGUUUGGCUCACAGGGAUCCUGGUCUCUCUGCUCCCUUUUAAAAUCAUUAGUGCUUUAUUUCCUGUACUCCCUUUAAACUCACUGGCUUCCUUGAAUAUUUAUUAGUCCUACUGUAGCAUCUUAAAAAUAAAUUAGAAAUUUUGGAGUAGUAACAGGAAUCCUGUCCAGUGGUCCAAAGAAUCUGCUAGUUCAGUCCUACUGAGGUCCCAAAUGUGCAGGAUUAAGAAAUUUUACUGUAUAUUGUGACCAGUUAUUAGAUUAAUAUCCUAAAUUCAAAUUAUUUAAAUGUAAAAGUUAUCAUGGAAGAUCUGCUUUGAUUUUAACUUUGCAGAGUCAUAUCUAUUUGUUCAAUUUACUUCUUCAAUAAAAGUAAUCCAUAUUUGAAGGUUGCUCCCAAAUCGCCUUGUGAUACCACCCAAGUACAACCAGACUGGUUAAUUUAAAUGGUCUAUUUACGUAUUAUAUUAAUCCCUGAUUCUGAAGCAAUUACAAUGUUACAGCUACAUGCUCCCUCCUACAUCUGUUUUGCUACUGGUGAGACUUGAGUUUACUGAAUAUACUGGAAAAACCUGAAUCUCACUACUCUGACGUAAAAAUUACACAAUGUUGUCAUCUCUAUAAGUAGUGAAUUGGAUUGUUUUUCUAAAAUGGUACUACAUAACUGUGUUUUCUAAAUGUUUGGUACAUGCUUUAAGCCUCCAUUUGCAUGGCCAGUAAAUGAAAAUACAAAAAAAAUUUACAGCAGAGGGAAUUAAUAUUUGAUCUGUUCAUUCAUGAAACAAGGCUUAUGAUUUGGCAAAUCAAAAUGUCUAGAUGCAAUUUAAAAUGCUUUGAUUUGCAGAAUGUAACGAUAUCUAUUUACUUAAUAUAUUUUCACGCUGUGCUUACAUUACAUCAAAUCAACGCUUCUUUCAAUCCACGAAAGUAAAUGAAUUUAUUGACUUAUAGACAUGAGAUGCAAAUUAAAGAAAGGCACAGUGAACAUUCUUUCAUUGUGUACUCUGCUAGAUACAUGAGUUGAUAUCUUUCAAAAAAUAUUCUAAUCUUCACUAUUUUUAUGCAGUUUUGUAAUCAAUUUAAGGAAUCAGUUACAAGCCAAUGAAUCAUUGUGAAAUAACUGGAAAAUAUGCAUGAAUGCUUGUAGUCAGAAACGACGACCAACUUCAAAACGUAUGGAUUAUCCAUUUGGUAAAAUUUUAUUUUGAAAACUGCUAUGAUAAAGUAAAACAACACCUAAAUAUUUAAAGAUGUUGAUUACGUCAAUUGUCGUGUAAUGGCUUCCUUGUAUAUUCUGACUUGUUUCUCACAUAUGUUAAUAUAAGAUGCUGUAACAACAUCUGCAGUACUCAUUAAUUAGUUCUGUUUGCAUGUUUUAAAAUUGUACAAUUUAUUGCUUUUCUUAACAUAUUUAGCAUGAUAAAUACUAUAAUAUAACUCCUAAGAAUAAAUCCAAUCGUUUCCGUACAUGUACUUGAAAGCAAAACUGAUCAACUUACUACACUUAUGUUUUUACUGCUUUGUGGGAAGUAUAUUAAACUGUCCACGUAAAUGUAACUGCUGAAAGAAAGUGGACUGUUAGAUAUACAGAACAUUUGUUCUUGUGCCUCACAAAUGGAAGUGCUUUAAAGCAUAUUAGAUACAAAACCUUGUACUAUUUUAUAAAGUUUAAUGCAAGUACCAAAACUACUGGAUAUGCUAUCAGUAUGUAGCAACUUCCUUCUGUUUUUUAUUCAGUUGAACGUAUUAAUUGUAAUAAUUGCUGGUGCUACAUAAUGGGAUGCAGUAAAAUUGGAAAAUAAAUUCAUCUCAAUAAUUAGUUUUCUAACUGCUGACAUGAAAUAGUUAUAUCAUAAAACAUCAUCAGAGCAUUAAUUCCUUGAAAACUAAGGAUAUUUGUCCAGUUGAGUGUUUGGGGAAGUGUAUACUGAAUUUAUUUUCUCAUUGAAGAAUGUAUUUUUUGUGUAUCACCAUGCAGUAUCCUAGUAUUCAGUAUUAUGUAAUAAAAUAUAUAUUGUGAG